CCAGAGCCAAGACCGCUCAGUGUUGUGUUGACGAUUGCUGUGAACGGUUGAGUUGAUCGUGAGUGAUUCGGAUUAGAAAGAAAGAGCAAAACGGGAAGACAUUGGAAGAAUCGCAACCACAUCUGUGUGUAGGUGCAGUACGCAACCUCAGUACGGCUCACUUGUUGCUCGCAUUUCCGAACUCAACACGAAGUAGGUCGGCACUCGCGGUUCAUUCUGGCUAGCUGACACAUCGCACUUUGACAGUCAAAAUGGAUGCGCAUCCGAUGGACGAAUUCUGUGGCUCUAGAUUUUGGGACAAUAACCUAACAUGGUACACCAACGACCCCGAUUUGACACCUUGUUUCCAGCAGACGGUGCUGGUAUGGGCUCCAUGCGCAUUUCUUUGGGUGUUUUCCCUCAUCGAACUGUACUACCUUCGCAACAGUCGGAAUCGCAACGUUCCUUGGAGUGUAAUAAACGUAUCGAAACUGGUCGUGAUCAGUGUACUGCUAGUACUUACCCUGGUAGAUCUAAUCAAGGCAAUCUCAACGGAGGGCGAGGUAGCCCCAGUUUACUUCUACACGCCAACCAUAAAAAUAGCAAGUUUUGCCUUUGUUGCGGCAUUAGUAUACUUGAAUAAAUUCUACGGUAUGCGGACGUCCGGUCUACUGUUCCUAUUCUGGUUCCUUCUUACGUUAUGUAGUAUACCACGCUGUCGAACCGAAGCUCGAGCAUACCAGAAUCGAAUGGAAUCCGAUUCGUGGGCCGAAUACCACUUCGUUAGCUUUGUGAUUUUCUUCAUCUGCUCAUGUGUAAUGUUUGUGCUAAACUUCUUUAUUGAUCGACCUGCACAGCUUUCCAAGUACGAAGCUACGGAUAGAGACUGCCCAGAGUUGUCAGCAACAUUCCCCUCGCGACUAGUUUUUGGUUGGUUUGAUAAACUUGCCUGGACUGGUUUCAAAAAACCGCUUGUGCAUGAAGAUCUUUGGAACAUGAAACCGGAAGAUUCAUCCAAAGAAAUUUCUCCGUUGUUCAUGAAAUAUUGGAACCAAACUCUAGAGAAGACCUACAAAACACACGAAAUCAAUGAUGUUACAAGUACGGCUAGUUAUAAAAAGCAGUCUUGUCGAGUUGAUUUCAAGACAACCAAAACAAAGAAAAUAGCAUCAAUCCUGCCAGCUUUAGUGAAAGCCUUUGGUCGAACGUUCGCUUUCGGGUCUUUCCUGAAACUGGCACAAGAUCUGCUGACGUUUGCAUCGCCGCAGAUAUUGCGAUUGAUAAUUAAUUUCGUGAGUGGAGACGAACCAUUAUGGAGGGGUGUUUUCUAUGCAAUCUUAUUGUUUGUCGUGGCCGCCAUGCAGACACUCUUCCUGGCACAAUAUUUCAACCGUAUGUUCUUCGUUGGAUUCCGGAUUCGAACUGCGCUAAUUAGUGCCAUCUAUCGAAAGGCGCUGAUCAUCUCUAACAGUGCUAGAAAAGGGACAACGGUUGGUGAAAUCGUUAAUCUGAUGGCAGUCGAUGCCCAGAGGUUUAUGGAUCUGACAACGUACAUAAAUAUGCUGUGGAGUGCCCCUAUGCAGAUUGCACUUGCUUUAUUUUUCCUGUGGGAAAUACUCGGACCGUCGGUGCUGGCCGGACUUGCCGUUAUGAUUAUUCUGAUUCCCGUCAACGGUGUUAUCGCGAACAAAAUCAAGACGCUGCAAAUCAAGCAGAUGAAAAAUAAGGACGAACGAGUGAAGCUCAUGAAUGAGGUUCUUAGCGGAAUUAAGGUGUUGAAAUUGUACGCUUGGGAACCAAGCUUCGAGCAGCAGAUUCUGCGCAUACGUGACAAAGAGGUCAAAGUACUUAAAUCGGCAGCUUACCUCAACGCAGGAACAUCGUUCAUUUGGUCAUGUGCUCCGUUUCUGGUGUCACUGGUCACUUUUGCAACCUAUGUCCUGGUGGAUGAAAAUAACGUCCUGAAUGCUACGACCGCUUUCGUUUCACUAGCACUAUUCAACAUUCUUCGAUUUCCACUCUCGAUGUUGCCUAUGCUCAUCUCUAACUUGGUGCAAACCAGCGUCUCAGUUAAGCGCAUCAACAAAUUUCUGAACCAAGAAGAGCUAGACCCCGACAACGUGCAGCAUGACGAGAAAGAAUCCUGUCCACUGGUGAUCGAAAACGGCGUGUUCUCCUGGGGUGGCGAAGAAACCACGCUUAAGAAUGUCAACAUGAAGAUCGAAAAGAACACACUGGCGGCCAUCGUGGGGACCGUCGGUUCCGGAAAGAGUUCCGUCCUGUCUGCGUUGCUGGGCGAAAUGGAUAAGAUUUCCGGUCGAGUUAACACCGUAGGUAGGAUUGCGUACGUCAGCCAGCAGGCCUGGAUACAGAACGCUACGCUGCAGGAUAAUAUUCUGUUCGGAAAGCCAAUGGACACCAAGCUGUACCAGAAGGUAAUAGAGGCCUGCGCGUUGAAGCCGGAUAUCGACAUGCUUCCGGGUGGUGAUCAGACCGAAAUCGGCGAGAAGGGUAUCAACUUGUCCGGCGGACAGAAACAGCGUGUUUCGCUGGCUCGUGCCGUUUAUAGCGAUGCGGACGUUUACUUUAUGGAUGAUCCGUUGAGUGCGGUGGAUUCUCAUGUUGGUAAGCACAUUUUCGAGCAGGUCAUUGGACCGAACGGACUACUGGCGAAGAAAACACGGGUACUGGUUACACACGGUAUCACAUAUCUUCCAAACACGAAUGUGAUUUUUGUCCUGAAAGAUGGCGAAGUUUCCGAAUCUGGCUCCUAUCAGGAGCUGAUGGACAAAAAGGGUGCUUUUGCUGAAUUUUUGAUUCAGCAUUUGCAGGAAGUCAACGAAGAGGAUGAAGAUAUUGACGAGAUCAAGGCUCAGCUGGAAUCAAAUGUUAGCGAUGAGGGACUGAAGAAUAAGCUGGAACGAGCCAUCAGUAAACGAUCGAGAAGUGGGAGCCAAUCGGAUGCAGGGUCUGGAAAUGAGUCCUAUUCUCGACAAGCCUCCGAUAUUGGAGGCAGCAAUAGUAGUUUGAGAAGAAGGACACCAGAGAAGAAAGUACCAGAAGAACCUCAGAAGAAUAAGCUAAUCGAGCAAGAGAAAUCGGAAACUGGAAGUGUGAAAUGGGAAGUGUAUAAGCAUUACUUGAAAAGUAUCGGUCUGACGCUAUCCGUAGCUACCGUGUUUCUGAACAUGGUAUUUCAAGCAUUUUCGAUUGGCUCAAAUUUGUGGCUUUCCCAAUGGUCAACGGAUGCGGCCGCUGAGAAUGAUACCAGCGUUAGAGAUAUGUAUUUAGGAGUGUAUGGCGCUUUUGGUGCUGGUCAAGUUCUGGUUCAGUUUAUUGCCUCACUAACCUUCGCACUUGGUGCUUUACUAGCGGCAAAAACAAUGCAUGAAAUCUUACUCACGUAUGUUCUCAAGUGGCCAAUGGCGACCUUUGACGUGACCCCUCAGGGUCGCGUUCUGAAUAGGUUUUCGAAAGACGUGGACACCGUAGACAACGUGCUGCCGCAACUUGUUCGCUCCUUUUUGCAAAUGCUCUUCUCGUUGCUACAAAACGUCCUUCGUGCGCCAUUGACCACGUUUUUCGACGUUACACCACUCGGACGAGUGCUGAAUCGUUUUGGCAAGGACAUCGAAGCAGUCGAUAGCGACCUGCCGGCAGCACUGCGAGCCUGGACGGCUUGCUUCUUUGGGGUCGUAGCCACACUGGUUGUCAUAACCAUUUCCACGCCAAUCUUCUCUACCGUGAUCAUACCGAUUGGCAUCCUGUACUACGCAGUGCAAAGGUUCUAUGUUGCCACUUCACGUCAACUGAAGCGGCUGGAAUCGGUGUCUCGGUCGCCCAUUUAUUCGCACUUUGGUGAGUCGAUUCAGGGUGCGCAGACCAUUCGGGCGUACAGCUUGCAGGAACGGUUCAUCGAUGAAUCUGAUUCACGAGUAGACUUCAAUCAGGUUUGCUACUACCCAAGCAUCAUCGCCAACCGAUGGCUGGCCGUACGACUGGAGAUGGUGGGCAAUAUGAUUAUACUGUUUGCUGCGUUAUUCGCGGUGUUGGGACGUGAAACGAUGAGUGCUGGUCUGGUUGGGUUGUCCGUUUCGUAUGCCCUGCAAAUCACGCAAACUCUGAAUUGGUUGGUUCGAAUGACCUCGGAUGUAGAGACGAAUAUUGUCGCUGUGGAACGCAUCAAAGAAUAUGGAGAAACGAAGCAGGAAGCGGCAUGGGAGUUGUCGAAUAGUACGUUACCUCGGGAUUGGCCAGAGCAAGGUCGUGUGGAGUUUCAAGAUUUCCAGGUGCGCUAUCGCGAGGGUCUGGAGCUGGUUCUGAAAGGAAUCUCGUUCACCGUUGAAGGUGGAGAAAAGGUUGGAAUCGUAGGUCGGACUGGUGCCGGUAAGUCAAGUUUGACACUGGCACUAUUCCGAAUUAUAGAAUCGGCCGGCGGUAAGAUUGUAAUCGAUGGUCAGGAUAUAUCGCAGCUUGGUUUGCAUUCACUGAGAUCGCGACUUACGAUUAUACCACAGGACCCUGUCCUGUUUUCGGGAACAUUGCGAAUAAAUUUGGAUCCAUUCAAUGUACAUUCGGACGAGGCGAUCUGGAAGGCCUUAGAACACGCACAUCUCAAGGCAUUCGUUAAAGGUUUAACGGCUGGUAUUAACCACGAGGUCAGCGAGGGCGGUGAGAACUUAUCCGUAGGACAACGUCAACUAAUUUGCCUCGCCCGUGCACUUUUACGCAAAACAAAAGUACUUAUUCUAGAUGAAGCUACAGCUGCCGUUGAUCUGGAAACUGAUGAUCUCAUUCAGAGAACCAUUCGUACCGAGUUCAAGGACUGUACGGUGCUGACGAUAGCACAUCGACUUAAUACUAUUAUGGACUCGGAUAAAGUUAUCGUAUUGGACAAGGGCAAUAUCGUGGAGUAUGCUGCUCCUAACGAUCUACUGCAAAGUAAAUCAUCGGCAUUCUACAGCAUGGCAAAGGAUGCAGGACUUGUGUAACUAUUUAUUUAUAUUAUCUGUCGCUUUACUUAAUUGGAAUGUGUACUUUAACAGCUAGGAUGAGAGUUUCUUAAUGUUACUGAUAGUUGUGUUUUUGUGUGCAACUAACUUAUUCUACGACACAUUCGUACAGGAAAUUCACAAAACUUAAUUGAUAUUUUUUCGCAUUUACUUAAUUAGUUGACGUUUAAUUUUGAUCCUUAAACAGAACAAAUAGCUCGUACUUACUAAACGGGUCAAUGAACAGUAUUUCGUAGACCCACUAAUAGAAGGAUCUGAAAAGUUAGGUACGGAAAUCAAAUUUCCGAAAAUUGAUUAAAUUAACAGCGAUAAUGUGUGUACUGCUUACACACAAGAGCAACUGUCUCAACUACUAAGCACCGAUUCAACACUUACAAACAAACAGCCAAACAAAAGUGUUCAGAGACAUUCAAGGCGUUCCUCGAAAAAGAUAACAAAAAAUAGUACAUCAUUUAGCCAGUUCCUCAAACUUGAAUAGUAAUCCUUCCAAAUUUUUCCAUUUUUCUGAUAGCAAAAAAUUAACGAAGAAACCCCUGAAAGUUACUUGAAGAAUUGAAUUGCUACAGAUUUUGUAUUUUAAGUUGUCACUUUUUCUGCUGUCGCAUUUGUUUGGAAGGAAUACGUAGAGUUUAUCAUUUUAUAUCUGCUCCACGGGUCGUUAUAAGUUUUCGUUUUCAUCAUGUAUGCAAUUUCUUUACAAAGUGCCUUCAAUACCACUGUUAUGAGUUAAGUGUAGCUGAAAUAUUACGUGGAAGAAUAAAUAUAUACAUUUUGUAAGUCA